CGCCGCCACCUCGUUGCCAGCCCCCGCCAUUUCUAAAUUUCCCUCCCGCCGUGCCCUCGCUCCCUCCGUCCCUCAUGCCCCUGCGAUGAGGAUUGUGUGGUCCGGCUUUCAGACACCACUCCAUGAUUUCUCUUCAUGCCCGUCCAUGAAACAACGCUCACGCACAGCUUCAACUGUUUAGAGGCUGUUGUUACAGUUGUUGUUAAGAAGCGGUCUUCGCUUGUUCAAGUUGCUAACAGGGUUUUUAUACUUGCGGAGACAACUUUUUCUUCAGGCGAGCUGCGGGAGAGCUGCAUGUCUAACGGCACGAGGCUGGAAUUGGAAGACUAUCUGCUAGCUUGUUCUCUUUGGUGCUUCCUUUCUCAUUUGUGACGCUUAUGGUGGGUGGAACACUAAAGAGGAUUCUCCAGCUCGAAUCAUCAAAUCUCUGAGCAGAAGCUCAGAAGCAGGAUCUAGGGUCUUACUUCGAUUGGAGGACAUUACUGCACUGAAAAGUCCUCAAACGGAAAAAUCCACCAAAUUGAGCCCAAGUCAAUUAAUCUAGUCUUGGUGCGACGACUAAAACGCUGAAUUUACUUUCGCACCGACAGAGUCUCCAGUUUCAGUGGUACAUUGAUCUAAGAUUGUCGUCAGUCGCCUCAAUUGUGAUGUAUGAAGGCUCGCUUGUGCAACCCAAUCGUCGGGACGUAUCUAAGGACAUCUAUAAUUCGGUAGACCAUGUGAAUGAAAGUGCAUAAAAGUACUCAAGGUCUGCCGUCACAAGAAAGCAGAGGGCCAGGCUAUCUUUGCAGUCGACGUUGUAAGCUGUUCCAGGUGCAUCGUGGUCCUCCCUAGUCAUGAUCCUUCAACAUCACGACUCAGAGUCGGAGAUUCGGAGUGAUGGCACCUCAGUCGUUUGCCCUUCAUCGCCUAUUAUCGGUUCGCCUCUCUGGCCUCAGAGUUUUGGUCGGACCAUGGACAUUUACUCCAGAUCAAAGUCACAGAGAAGCGAAAUUGACUCAGGACUGGACGGUAUUUCUAAUGCAUUCGAACCCACUUCUAGCCCUACCGCGGCACGAAAUGAUUCAAAUGGGAUCAGAGAACCAUUGCUGAAAAAAUCGGAAUCUUAUCAAUCAGAGAACAAAUACGGUGUGCAAAGCACGGAGGAAGCGAUACACCUAUCUUGUUACAGUGGGAAUUUUAGACCACGCAAUGAGCAGGGGAGCUCUUUCUUUCAGUCUCUGUUCAACGGCAUGAAUGUGCUUGCAGGUGUUGGGAUUCUAUCAACUCCUUAUGCUGCUGCUAAGGGAGGAUGGUUGAGCCUCGUGCUCCUCCUGGCCUUCGCUUUGAUAUGUUGCUACACAGCGAUCCUACUUCGUCGCUGCUUGGAUUCAGACCCAUAUAUUCACAGUUACCCAGAUGUGGGUGAAGCAUCAUUUGGAAAAUGGGGCCGGUGGAUUAUAUCCAUAAUGUUGUAUCUAGAACUCUAUGCCGUGGCUAUAGAGUUUCUGAUCCUGGAGGGUGACAAUCUAGCCCAUCUCUUCCCAUCCGCUGGCAUUUCAUUUGGACGUAUCAUCCUGCGUCCCAAUGAAAUCUUUAUCAUCAUGUCUGCCGUUUGCAUGUUACCAACCGUAUGGCUCCGAGAGCUAAGUGUCUUGUCUUACAUAUCCGCCACUGGGGUCGUUGCCUCCUUCUUAAUAGUGCUGACAGUUGGCUGGAUUGGGAUCCUUGACGGGGUUGGGUUCCAUAAUCAAGGAUCUCUGUUACAUCUGGAUGGGUUGCCCGUUGCUGUGGGCCUCUACUCCUUCUGCUAUUGUGGACAUGCCGUCUUCCCAAGCAUAUAUGGGUCCAUGCGCAACCGCGCCCAGUUUUCACAUGUUCUGGUACUUUGUUUCACGUUGUGCACAUUUAUGUAUGGAGGAAUAGCUGUGAUGGGCUACUCAAUGUUUGGGGACGAACUGCAGUCACAAAUCACUUUGAACCUGCCCCAAGAAGUCCCUGCUUCUCAUUUUGCAAUUUGGGUCACGCUCGUAAACCCUUUUGCCAAAUAUGCUAUCACACUGACACCAGUGGCAGUGGCACUGGAGGAGUUCCUGUCCCAUUCCAUGGCAGACUCCACUAAGGACAUCAGGUUUUGGGGUACAAUACUAAGGACAUUACUUGUUAUCAGCACAGUUAUAGUGGCGCUCUCAGUCCCAUUCUUCGGUCUUUUAAUGGCGUUCAUCGGAUCGUUCCUAAGUGCGACUGUGUCUAUUAUACUGCCUUGCCUAUGUUACUUAAAGAUUUUUCAUCAGCGGUUGUCCUUUCCAGAGGUUUCCGUCGUUGGAGCUCUCUUGUGUCUGGGAUUUAUUGUGGGCAUUGGAGGAAGUUACUUUUCUGUGAAGGCCAUCAUAGAUAACUUGGGAUCCACUGGAGCAGGCCUUUUCCCUGGUUAUUAUUAGACUACAGCACUUUAGGAUGUUGAUAUUGCAUUUUAAUUUUCUUCACAUUUUAUGUAUUUGGUAUCAAGAAAGGGGAGUACCUGUUUAUGACCCUUUUGCAAAACCUGGAUGCAUUCAUUUGAGCCACUAA